AUGUUACGUAGUCAAAGCAUUCCAGACUUUAACGAUAAAAACACAUCGACUUCUUCUUCAUCAACAACAUCCAGAUUCCUCAAUUCUUUUCGUAAAAGAGAAUUGAAAAACAGAUUUAGUCUCUCAGACUUGAAAGCAUCACCGUCAACUUCAACAUCAACUACUUCCUCACCACACCUUUCAUCAUCGUCUCGACGCGACUCCAAAUAUAGUCCCAACUUGACCUCUACAAUUAUUCGAUCUCCAUCAAUAUCCUCAUCGAUUUCGAAAUUUGAACAAACAAACCACCACAACUCAAACAACACCUACUCCCACUCACACUCACACUCCCACUCCCAUUCAUCAACGUUGACUUCAACUACACACUCAAAUCGUAAAUCGGGCUCAUACGCUGCAAACUCAUUGAAGCGACGCUCAUUAAUGAUUCUCAACCCCAUAAAUAUUAGCCACAAUGUAAGUCCAGAAUCAAUGAAGUCCCAAAGCUUAUUCGAUAACAACUCAAUUGAUAUAGAACUGGUUUCUUCAUGUGAGUCCAACAAGGAAAACAAGGAAAGUCAAUAUAACAACAACAGUAGCAGUAGUGAUAAUGGUGCUAACUAUACAUACAAACCCAACCACUCUAAAUCAAUGACAUCAUUAAAACAGCCUAAAAAGUUGUUUAUCAAGAAAACACAUACAUUGUCAACAUCACCACCAUCACAACCAUCAACUACUACUACUACUACCAAUACUAUUACUACACUUGCUCCACCACCCACUGCUUACGCACAAAAGAAACUCCAUCGAACGACAAACUUGUACAAUCUUAGCGAAUUCGUUGGUCAGGAAAUGAAGGAAAAGACGAGGAAAUCAAUCGAAUUUGAAGCAAACGAGAUCAAGUCACUCAAUGAAAAACUCCAUCGUGAUGAAGAUAAAGAAUUGUUGCAAACACAGCUAAGGUUGAUUGAAAACGCUUUGUUUUUAACCACAACGAGCAAUAAACCAUUGAGUAGUAUCAAGGAGGAGGAAAAGCAACCGAAGCAACUAUUAUUAGAUGAUGUAGACUAUUCGCUGGUAUUUAAAGUGGAAGAUUACAAUAACGAACAAGAGUACUUUGAAAAAGACGGUGAUCAGUUAUACUUAUUGUACUAA